AUGCGAGGGGGCAUCGUGCUCCUGGCUAAAGCCUGCCUGCUUUUGGGAUGCAUUCGCCUGGCUGCAGCUGACGCGAGCUGUGAGGAUGCGUCCUUGCUUCAAGUUCCGAAGAUCGGUGAGGAUGCCAUUCGAAAACACCGCAUCACGACUGAGACGUUCUUGGGCAUGGUCGCUGCUGCUUUGAUCUUCCUCACCUGGGAAUUUUUCUGGGGCUCGCGGAAAUAUAACGAGGAAGUUUCGACGGCUCCACGAGGCCUCUCUGAUCGAUGGUGGUUGGUCAUAAUGAGCGCCAUGAUACAGGUGGUGAGCGGCUCGGUCUAUGCCAUGGGUGCGUGGCAAAACGAUCUCAGGGACUCCUUGGAGAUUUCGAUGACCUCUGCCACCAUCAUCGGGGCCAUGACCUUCAUGGGAAACCUCGCAGGCUUCCUUGGGGGAAUGAUGUUUGAUCGCUAUGGGCCCAAGUCCGCGGUGUGCUUGGGCUCCUGUUGCCUCUCCAUUGGCUACUGUCUCAUUGGCGUUGCCCUGGUCAGUGGUCUUGGGAAGGAGCUCAAAGUCCUGCUCGCUUCUCUUGGUUCCCUUCUGGCCGGAUACUCCAGUGUCAGCCUCCUCGACAAUAUUACUUGUAUGGCCUGCUCCAUUUCCUUCCCCCAAAAUCGGGCCGCAGCGGUUGGAUAUCUCAAGGCAGUCCUGGCAACCGCAGGGGGUCUAUGGGCCCUUUUGUGGGUUCAGGUCUUCCGCAAUCGCUUCGGGCUGGUGCCCUUCAUGGCGAUCUCAGCUAUUGCACCCUUCGUGGUGGGGGUCACGAGUCUUUCGAGUAUCAAAGUCUUGCCUCCACACUGCAGGGAGCCACUGAAAGACCGAGGCGAAAUCGCUCGUGCUUUGACCCUGGUUUUCCUCCUCACGGUGCUGACCUGCUUUGAUGUUUGGGCAGGCUAUGAAUAUGCCAAAGGUCUAGGAGCUUCCAGUUGGAUCACUGGCAGCAUCGCCCUUGCCUUGCAGAUGAGUCCUUUGCUCCUCCUGGUGACCGUGAGAGAAAGCUCUCAGGCUUCUCCGUCUGAAAGGAUCUGCAGCCCCAGGAACAGGAGCGGCUUAUCCUUUCAGACGGCCUUCAAGGGAAUGGAUUUUUGGCUCCUCUGGGCGUGCCAAUUUGCUGUCUUUGGAGCUGGGGUGGCCACCAAUCAGAACCUGGCCUUGAUCUUGGAGACCACAGGGCAUGACUCAGCGAGCAGCUUGGGAGUGGCUCUCUUCGCCUUGACUUCGGCCCUUUCGCGGAUUGUUGUUGGCAUCCUCAGCGACAAAUACCAAGCGUACUUCACGCGCUUUCAUUGGCUGACAGCUGGAGCAUUUUGUGCUAUGAUUGGCCAGUUCUUGGUGAGCCUUAUGGACCUGACAGGAAUAAUGACAGGCACCUGUUUGAUGGGUUUGUCCUUUGGGUCUUUCUAUACCAUCAUCGUGCCCAUGGUGAAUGAGAUGUACGGCAACUUGGAGUUUGGCAAGAUGUGGGGUGCACAGAUGAGUUCCCAGGCAGCAGCCGCCCUGCUCAUUGUUUGUCACUUGAUGCCCAUGGUCUAUCGCAACGCCGCGGGCGGCAAGGAUGUUUGCCAGGGGCCAGGGUGUUACCGGCCAUCUUUCUUGCUUCUGACCGUGCUCAACGCGGUCGGGCUCGCUUCGGCUUUGGCAUUGCAGGUGCGCAAUUCAGAGUCCUUGCCUGUGACAAGGUUAGUGACUGAAACCAAGAGCCUGGGCUUUUCCUCCUAG